CGUUACCAGCGAAGAGAGAGAUGAAGCUGAUUUCGCACCACCUGUGAUUACCGUACCACCUAAGGAUGUAUCUUUCGCUGUUGGAGCUUCCACGCUAAAAUUGCCCUGUGUUGUCACUGGCGUGCCAAUGGCCACCGUAACCUGGCGCUUUAAUGACAUGGAUAUAACAUCGGAUUCUACCAAAUAUGAUGUGACAAGUGGCGGUUUGAUUAUCAAUGAUCUGAAGAAGUCUGAUAGCGGAAGUUAUAGUUGUAUAGCGAAAAACAGCUAUGGAAUGACAAGCGCGACGGCGAAAGUGAUGGCUACUGGCUCGAAUUUAAUCGAGUACGGUCCUACAAAUCAGAGUGUGGUGAUAGGAACCAAUAUAGUGAUACCUUGUGAAGUUAGCCCGGACUAUGAAGCUAGCGCGAAUGUCGUUUGGUACAUGAAUGAUGAGCAGAUUCCGUCAACGGGAAAUCCAAGUUUACGUCUUACGAACAAAAAAGGUGGCCUACUGAUACAGCAAGUGGGUCCGGAUAACAUUGGAGAGUACCGAUGUACUGUAUCAGUUGAUGGAAGAGAAGAAAGCGCUUCUGCUUUUUUGAGGAUCAUUGAACGACCACAAAUGCCUACAUUCGUGCGUGCUGAACUCAUCAACACCACAGUUCCUGCAAAAAUCCGCGUUUCCUGGGUUGAAGGAUUUGAUGGAAAUUCACCCAUAAUCAAGCAUGCCGUUGAAAUGCGAACCGUGGGUCCCACACAGUUGUGGAGUGACUGGGAAGUCGUUGUUGACAAUGUUCCUAGUAAUGUCACGAUGCCGCAGCAACCACCAGCGGCUGCACCACGCAAUGUGGCAGCAUCGGCGAGGUCAGCGAACAGUAUCAUAGUGCAAUGGCAACAACCACAGGAAGAACAAUGGAGCGGCGAUAUAUUGGGUUACAUUGUUCGCUAUCGCCUUGCUGGUUACACGCUACCAUGGAUAGAGAAGAAUGUGACUACAAAAGAUGCAAGAAACACGGCUAUCGAUCAGCUGAUCACAUGGAGAGAGUACGAAAUUCAAGUGGCGGCCUAUAACCAUAGGGGAUUGGGUGUUUUUAGUAAAAGCAUCGAUGUGACUACAGCUGAAGGAGUACCCACUCAAUCACCGAGAAAUGUAAUAGCGAAUGUGUUGAACUCAACUGCUGUACAAAUUAGAUUCACUGCUCCUGAUCAGCAGCGGAUUCCUGGUGUUAAUCUCGGUUACAAGGUGGAGUUCUGGAAAGGUGUCCCACAAAAAGGUGUACUGUAUCGUCAAGUUAUGGUAGAUCCAACAUCGAAAGAUCUUGUAGUGGUUGUCGAAGGGUUGGAGAAGUAUGGGCAUUACAAUGUGACAGUUCUUUGCUAUACUUCACCUGGAGAUGGUCCAAGAAGUACUCCUGUAUCUGUGGUUACCGACGAGGAUAUUCCAGGACCUGUUAGUGGACUGAGCAUAGCUGAGGUAAUGUUCAAUGGUGCAGUGGUUGCAUGGGAUCUACCGGAACAUCCAAAUGGCAUUAUCACGAGAUUCGUGGUGCGGUAUUGGAACGAUGCUUUCCCUAAUGACGUCACGGUACAAGAAUUUGACGGUACACAAAGGAACCUCACUAUUGAGGGUCUUAGCCCGUCCACUCAUUACACGGUGGACAUCAUGGCAUCUACGAUCAAAGGUGAUGGCCCACGAGAAGAAACGAAAUUCGAAUCUGGAGUGCCACCA